CCCAUCCAUGAGUUUUGGAGGGAAGUUUGCCUUUUCACGAAAAUGUGUUGAAAAAACUGUCGUGUUCACCCAGGCCUGACAGGACAUGUAAAUAUUGUAAUCUUGAGCAAGACUUCUACUGUUCUACAUGUACAAACUUCCAUAAUUAUUCGGCUAUCAAUAAGAAGAAAUUCUGCUAGAGACAUGGAUGGGUCAGAUCCACCCAUUGCUGACACGGUAUCUUCUAUAUCAGAGUCAAUACCAUGCAGGGAGUCCCAGAUCAAACUGUUGUUGUCUCUGUUUGGAGAAAAAAGAUGUAUGACGGUUCCUGCCAUCUUUGCCUAUGGACACACAGCAACAGGGAAAUCUGCUGUCAUCAACUCCAUUCUCAAAACUUGCAAGCUACCCCACGUGUUGGUGAAUUGUGUGGAGUGCUACAGUUCCAGGUUCUUGUACGAGGCUGUACUGAACGGUCUGUACACAAACAACGGCAGGCAGAAACCAGAGACUCCCGUCAAGUGUGAAAACAUGAACGACUUUGUCCGACUGUUUCGUCAUACUUGCAUGGAUCUCCAUCUUCAAAAUGAGACUGUUUAUAUUGUUAUUGACAAAGCUGAGCGUUUGAGAGAAAUGGAUGCCAACAUUUUACCAGCAUUUCUAGGAUUACAGGAACUGGCAGAUGGCAAUAUGUGUGUGAUCCUAUUAAGCGAGAUAGUCUGGGAGAAGUUUCGGUGUGGGACAGGAUUUCAGGAGCCUUUCAUUGUACAGUUCCCUGACUACAACAAAGACGAGCUGCUGAGAAUUUUAGUGAGAUCAGCACCUGAGGGGUACUCAGCUGAGUUCUAUCAGAUGUACCUGAGUUUGGUGCUCAGCGUCUUCCAUAUCGUAUGUCGCAAUCUCUCCGAGCUCCAACAUUUGGCUGCCAUUAAUUUCAGAAAAUACAUUGAGCCUAUUAAAAAUGGAGAAGCCACAGAGAGUGACAGCAGGAAGCUGUGGAAGAACUUUGAGCCUCACUUGAAGAAGGCCCUCCAGACCGUCUAUCUUAGAGAAGUGUCGAGCACACAGUGGGAGAGGAUGCUAGAAGAAUCAGAUGCUGGAAAGAUGAUGACUCAGCAAGGGCUGAGCUCCAGAACUCAUGUAGAGCUGCCAUAUUAUUCCAAGUAUCUGCUGAUUGCUGCUUAUCUAGCCUCUUAUAAUCCAGCCAAGUCUGACAAAAAGUUCUUCUCCAAGCAUUCAGAUAAACACAAGAAGUCCAAAGUCAUCAAAAAACAAGAGAGAACCAACAACCACAUGCUUGGUCCAAAGCCCUUCCCCUUGGACAGACUGAUGGCCGUCUUUUAUGCUAUUGUGGAGGGAAAGGUUGCGCCUACCGCCAAUAUAUUCAUGCAGAUAACUUCUUUAGUGUCUGUUCACCUGCUGUCCCAGGUAGCUGGAGAUGAUCAAAUAGAUGUACCCAAGUAUAAAUGUCUGGUCUCCUUGGACUUUAUCAAAUCAGUCGCCAGAACUGUUAACUUUGACGUUGUACGAUACCUUUAUGAUUUCGUGUGAAGACAUUUGGAAUGAGUUUAGACAGACAUGGAUUUAUGUGAAAGACGCUACUCUGGGAAACGAAGACAGAGUUCGAGUGAGAGUACGGGAAGAUGGCCAGUUUUUGGAACACGAUGCAACUGCACACAAUUCCAGUUGGAAAUGUUGUUAGGGGACAGUUAAAUAAAACUAAGGCAAUACCACACGUGACAAAGAAAAUGCAUUCCCAUUUCUUGUAUGAUUUGGCGAUACUUGUGCUAAGGAAUUUGAUAAAAAUUGUAUGUUUUGUAUAUUGAAAGAAAAAAAUGAUCAGAUAAUGAUAUUAAAACUGUUAAGAUAAACAAUG